UGAAGUGGAAAUAUGGGUGAGCAUUAGAGAAAGACAGAAAUAGAGCGAUAAAGCAGUGAAUUAGGCAGAGGCAGGGAGAGGAGGAGGAGGAGGAAGAGGAGGAGGCAGUCUUUCACUGAUGCUUGAUGCAGUUAGAUUCUCAUACAGCAGCAGAGAGCCGUCGUCGAGCGUGGAUGAGAGAACCUCAUGGAUUUGCUCCCGUCUGAGUCUCGGUGGAAUUCAUUGCAUCCGAAGCAGCUGCAGACGGAGGAGGAGGAGGAUGCUGCGACUGCGGCUGGAUGUUAGGAUCCAUGCGGGCCUGUGAUGUCUGCGUUCUUCUUCAGGAUGACUCUGACCCAGAUCGUGGAGUCGCGGCACUGCUCCUCCUCGGGUGGUCUGCCGAUGUGAGGCGGACGAGGGAUGCUCUGGACCUCGGUGGUCGCCGCUCAGCCUGCUGCCUCUGCUGACAUCUGUCUCCGUGGAUACGCACAGCAGCUGGAAGGCUACACCAUCAAGACUGAUCCGUGAUAAUAAUCCCCAGCUGGAGAACAAACAACAUCUGGGUGUGGAGAGAAGGGAGAGGGCGAAGCCUCAGCUGGGUGGGCGGCAGAUGGUGACACUGCAGCAACACUUCUCCAGCAUGGAGGAGACGGUGCGAACGCUACUACAGAACCAGGACUCACUGGAAGGGCCCAAGGUGGACCCACUGGACCUAAUGAAAGCAUACAAGGACAAACUCCUGGAGGAAAUGUGGAAGCAACAGGACAGUCUGGAGGGUCCCACAUCUGCCACACCAACAACAGAGAUGUCCACCUCGCCCGAGGCCGGUGGUGGCGACGGCGGUUUAGAGGACAAUUCAAAGGACAGCAAUCCCCUGUUGGAGCGGCUCAGAGCGCUCGAGGCAGAAAACUCGGCUCUGUCGAUGGAAAACGAUAACCAGAGGAAGCAGUACGAACGCUGUUUGGAUGAGGUGGCUAAUCAGGUGGUCCAGGCUCUUCUCACGCAAAAGGACCUCAAAGAGGAGUGUGUGAAGCUGCGGACCCGUGUGUUUGACUUGGAGCAACAAAACCGCAUACUGAGCGUGCUGUUUCAACAACGUGUCAAAAUGUCCACGACUCCCGUCUCCCAGGAGGUCCAAAGGAAUGGAAAAGCAGGAAUUCCUGCAGGAAGGUGGCCCAGCCUGCUGAGUCUAACGUGCCCACGCAGCAGUGGCAGCGGCAGUGGCAGUGAGCUUUCACUCUCCAGCGCUUGCAGUGAAUAUUCCAGUGGCUCCCACACUUGGGCAGAGGGACGUGGCUACUCAAAGCAGUGUGCCUCAAGCCGAGACAAAAGGAUGAGUACUGGUUCAGUAUCCAGCAAUCACUCCGCUGCUCUGGAGCACACAGACCUGGGAUGGAAGGAAGGUCACAUUUUGAAAGGCCUGAAACGUCUUCAAAUGUCCAACUCCAAGGGGACUUCCUCCCUUCCAUCUGUACCACACUGCAAAGACUGUAUGACCUCAAACGAGGGUAUAUACUCACUUGGUGUCAAGUUUGCCCAGCGAGGGACUACAGCCAAGCAAGUAGCCCCUACAAGUAAACCUUUCAAAGCAGAAACAAGGAUUUCCAUUGUAGACUCUGAUGAUGCGGAUGACGAAUUGCCUAAAGUACCAAACAGCGAAUCCAGUGACCUGCCAGCAAAAGAACUUCUAAGCUUGGACAAGUUGGAGGUCACUCAGGAAUUUGAAGUAGAUCCUGUGAAACUUUCAGGGAACUCUGGUCUGUUUCCUUCACCUGUCACAGACAACUUCUUAUUUCUGGAGGGCCCCACAGUUAAACCUGGUGUGAGCCCAACUGAUAGCCUUACACAUCUGGAGGAAAUGAAGAUAGAUUCACUAGAAAAACAUAAAGGCAUAAAGUUGAGUGACAGAAACAAUAACCAGGAAAGAUCCACUGACCGUAAAUCCAGGCUUGAUUAUGUCAAAGGACAACAGGGAAGAGCGUCCUCCAAACAAGUGGAAGUGGGAACAGGUGAUGUUGGCUCAUCAGUUCAACAUACUGUACCAAGAGCUCUGUGCUGCAUGAAUGAAGCCAGGCAGCGCAGCUCCUCAAUGGAAGUUCCUCAUCGCAGAGACCCAAUAAGUCAAGCCGGCGGUGACCACCAGGACUAUUCCGCCUCAGAAUCUCCUCAGAGGAAACCAAAACCUCAACUCUGUGACUCAGCAAGAAAGGCUUUUAUUUUGCGGAGCAAGAGUGCAGAUGGAGGACCAGAGCAACAAAAGCACACACAUUCUCCUCUACAUCAAAAGCUUAUCAAGGGUCAAAGGCCCAAAGGACAGCCCAGCCCUAACCCUACAGGGAGCAGUGCCCCUAGCAAAAGGACAAAUUUAAAUAAAGCCCAUGGUUCAACCAAGAGCACAUUAUCUAAAACUGAGAAAGAUGAGGAUAAUUCAGCAUCAUCAAGUUCCAAGUCUCUUGAGAAGAUGCAAAAGUGCUCACCUCUUGUUUCUCCCGUGAAACAUUCAAAGAUAUUUAAGUCUACAGGGGUCAGUGAUGGCUUAAAGAGUCCCACAAAAUCACAAAUAGCCAGACUUCAGUCAAGCAAUGACUCUUCAGAAGAUGGUAUCUAUGACAACUUACCAUGCUCUCCACGAAAACAACGACGUCAGGACCAUGACUGUGACUCAGAACUCAGAUCCCUAUCCCCGCCGCGACCCCCAGGUCGAACUACUUCUCUUCUUCUCAGACCUAGUAGUGACAGCUUUCCCAAAGAUCAAACAUCUCCAGGGCAGGGUCAAAGUUCAAUGACUGGCCCAACCAAGUUGCAUAUGCAUCAGGUUUCUUCAGUCGUACAACCUCAACAAUCCAGUGCAAUACUAGAUGGUCAACAUGCAGCCCCACAAAUGGGUGCUGAAGGUAAAAUGUACCACACCCAUUCAUCUAUGAUACCUCCUGUUGUAGUUCAAGAAUCACAAUCAGCUUCAGAAUCUGUCCGGUUAUCUACAGACAGAGCUACCAUCAGCUAUAUUGAAAAUGGCGUUCCCUCUGUAUUGCCAAAUCAGAGCGUCUUGCAAAGAUCCCAACAGAGUGUCAGUGAGCCAAAACUCUCGGAAGUCUUACCACCAGCAUAUUCUAAUGCAUACUACCAUCCACAGACUUCCUCUUCAAGAGCCGUAAAAAGGACUCUUCCUGUAAAUGCCAAAUCUCACGAGGCAAUCGCUGGACAAGAAGCAAAUACCUUCCUCAUUUUCGGAAGGCAAAACAAGGACGAUACGAACCCUUCUGGAAAAAGCAUCCAGACCUUUCAGACUUUCACGUGUGACCCCCAGACAAUACAUGAAUCCAGCACUCAUGAUAACACCCGCAGAAAGAUUGAGACCCGUUGCAACUCGCUAGAUUCUGAGCCUUCUGUCCAACCUGUUGUGUCAGACAGUGGUGUAAUGCUAGACUGGGGAUUUGACGAGGAAGGCUGGCUGUUCAAACGGUCUGUAUCUGUUUCUACUAGACCUCCUCUUAAACCAGUGCUGGGCAUGAAUGGGGCCAAAGCUCGUAGUCAGAGCUUUGGUGCACGCUAUAUGGACAGACCAAGCUUCAACAGAUCUGGAAAGGUCCGCACACAGAUCAAAACACACUCAGGGAGCUCCUUGAACUCUCUUGGUGAUGUCCUCCCAGGAAGUAUGAGCUGCUCCAGUAGCUACCACUGUCCAAUGAAUCGAUCCCUCUUAAACAACUUUUUGAUUGAAGAGGGACUAGCAGUUCCUUUACAUCUGGGGUCCUCCAGUGAAAGACUCCAAAGUCUCAAACUCCAGCGUGAGCAGGCUAGGCGACUUCAGAUAGAGCAACAGUUUUCAAGCGCCUUCGGGGAGCCAGUUUCUGAAGAGCCUGAGAGACAAAGCACCAUAACUACAAUUGAAGAGAAAGUGAUGCUCGGCAUAGAGGAGAACUUGCACAAGUCUCAGGAACAAGAGCGAACCAGUGAGGUGAAGCAAAAAUCUGGAUCAAGCUUAGCAAGUUGGUUCGGCUUUCGUAAGAGUAAGCUUCCUGCUCCCAGCAAAAAGGUUGAUCCACCAAAAGGAAAAGACGACAAGAGGGAGCAAAAGAUCUCAUCGCUUCUGGGCGGAAAGCAGACAAAGUCUGACAAGAAGAGAGACAGAAGAAAAAGUGAUGGAAAAGACUGCUCUGUGGGGAGAAGAGAGUCUCACGAUGCAGUGCGGGCAUGCAUCUCAAUGCCCUGCCCGGGUAUGUCCCUGAGUGAGAUACAAGGACAUGCUGACAUCAUCGGGGACCCGAAGAUGCAGAUGAUGAACAGAAGAUCUGACGGUGAAAAUGGAUCCACGGUGAAGAGCCCGAACCAGGAUGCAGUAAUAGGCUCCGGCUGCAAGAUGCGAACGUUGGACAGUGGAAUCGGGACCAUCCCCCUUCCUGAAUCCUGUUCCUUCUUCUCCUCCAUCCUGCACCUCCUCCCCAAAUCCUCAUCAACCCCAGAGCAAUCCCUCAGUCCUCCCAGUGUCCUUGGCUCCUCCAGCGAGGACGCAUCUCCUUCCCCGUUACCCCGGUGGAGAAUUCCCUCCAGCUAUAAGGACGGCAGCCAUGCAGGGGUGCAAAACUCUCUGUCCGAUUCCUCCAUGACCCAUAUCCAGUCAGUGCCUUUCCCCACUGUGGCCUUCCUCCAGCCCAUCCAAACCCCGUCUGAACCCAUUAUGACCUCUGCCAGUGUGUGUGAAGCCCAGAGCAGGCUACCCAGAGCACCACAAGGUGGAUUGGAACCAAAGAAGUUGACCUAUAUUAAAUCGAAAACACGAGCCACUCCGAGCCAACAGAAAGAACAGACGAGACUUCAGCUGGCCAACUAGUUUCUGAAGCUGGAUGAGUCAACUUGAAGAGAGAAAUCAUGCGACUGGGUGGACUUAUCGCCGAGCCACACAUGGAGGACCUCCAAAUCCCACAGUUUGGAUUCUGUGUCCGGAUGAAAUGCUCAGAAGUGGGACAAAAAGCCAGCUUGGCAUUGUUAGGCUUCCGCCUCUGCUCAGUGUAGCGUUAAGAUACCGAGAAGCCUUUCAGGUGUAGCAAUGAACUGUCUGGCAGCCAUUUUGGAGGUCUGCAUCUUGUUUGGCAUCAGCUGUGAGCAGCUGAUUGUAUUUAUCUGCAACAGACUUUUCUUCACAGAAAAACAGGGUUUUUUUCUUGAAAAAAAGUUUAAAAUGUACAUUUAGCAUGUUUAGCAUAAAAGCUACUGUAGCAUUAAAAAAGAGCUACCUAUAAUCUCAAAAUAUUCUAAUUGUGGGUGUGAUCAUGGACUAUAAAAACACAAUGGACAUAGCUAUGAUUAGUCACCCACUGGUUACCAAAAUCCUGUAUUUGAAACUUCAAGUGCAGCAAAUUCAUUGUCACCAUCUUAACAUUCUCAAAUCUUAAAAACCUAUCAUACAUUUGAAAAAUAAAAAUAAUUUAAAAUAGACGGAACCCAUAAACUCAUCAGAAAAGCACCUACUAAAGUCAUAAAUCAAUGGAGAGGAGUUAACAUGAGUCAGAACUAAAUUAAAGGAGUUCUUCCCACUGUCUUUCAUACACGCGAGUCUGAGGAGUCGCCCCCUGCUGGCUACGAGAAAGAAUGCAGGUUUAACGUACUUCCACAUUGGUUUCAUGUUUCCAAGCUGAAAGUUACAUUGAUAAAGUAGAGCUCAUGUUAGUAACAAGCAGCUGUUUUUCACAUAUUAAAGCUUACUUGUUAAGCUUAUUUAAAGUGGUCAUGAAACGCUGCACAUAUAAAGGCAAAUUUAGACAUGGAGCCCUGCUCUCAAAAACUGACACAGAUGUAAAACUGUCUGUGAAGCUUGAUUUAAGAAUUAAGUGCUUAGAGUUAAAGUUUUAAAAACAUGUUUAUGCCAUCUUCUGUUAGUACGGAACAUUAUGUCACCAGCUUGGCUAGCUGCUGCUAACAGCGACCCUGAUAAGGACAAGCGGAAGAAAAUAGAUCAGAAUCAGAAUCAGAAAGGGGUUUAUUGCCAAAUGUUGAGCAGGUUUACAACAUUAGGAAAUUGCUGCGGUGCUUCAGUGCAAACAUGACAGUAUAAACAGAUGGAUAUACUGUCUGCUUUCACUCUCUAUUUCUUAAGCAAUAAGUGGUUAUUUUUUGUUUGACUGUCUGCAUUAACACAGGAAAAUCCACCUGUUAGCUGUAAUUUUUGGGUUUGUAAAGCACUUUUUUGAGACCAGCAGACCAGACCGCUUGGUACACUCAGUCAGACAUGGAAAAAUCAGAGUUUCUGACUCCAGCUUGUUGGUCCAGUGAACCACCUGACUCAAACAGGCACUCCUCCACACUGUCCUAAUUUCUAAAGUGCUUUACAAACCUGAACAUUACAGCUAACGGGUAGGUUUUUCUGUGUCAGUGCAGCUUGCCAAUCAGCUACGUAAGAAAUAGAAAGUGAAAGUGGACAGUAUAUACUUGGUUUUAACAUAAAGCUCAUUGUUGCACCCAUGGGUAGCACAAAAGUGACCCCCUUAGAUUGAUUUUUAUUGUUCGUGUCCUUAUUUUUUCCACAUUUAUUGGUUCUGUACUGGUUAGCUAACAUAAACUAAUGUAAGUCUGUUGACCACAACCAACCAACCAAGUGACAUAAUGUUCCCAGUGGCACUAAACACGUUUUUAAAACUUUUACUUUAAGCUUUUAUUUCUUAAAUUCAGCUUCACAGGCAGUUUUACAUCUAUAUCAGUUUUUGAUAGCAGGGCUGGUGGUAUAAAUUAGCCUUUAUACAUGUAGUGUUUCAUGUCCACUUUAAAACGGACCUGACAAAACCAUUUCCGUUAUUUUAGUCUACAUACAGCAUUCAUUCACAACAGCGAUCUACCAAUUUUGAUAAUUUUUGAAGUCUAACUGCAUGUAGCAUCAAUGCAGCCCACAGAGACUGUGAUUAGCAUUUUCCAUACUGUUGUUUCCUCCUAUGCAUUUCCAGUUUCUGUUUCUUCUGUUCCCAUUUUUAAAAUUGACCGGAUGAGAAAUUUGGAGAGAAACGCCGCUCAUAGACUAUGCCAUAGGCUCUACAUGGAUUCAAAGCAGAUGUGCAACAAAUCUGUCUGUACUGUUAAAUUCAGCUUUUCUCCACAACAUUUCUGGAUUUGGACGCUGUAGCUCGAGGGAGCCAUGCUAACGUCACUGUUGAGCUUCAGCAAAACUUAGAGGAUUGAAUACCGGGUGAGUCAUGUAGGCUGUGACAAACAAACAUAAGCGUUUCACCUGCAGACCUCCAUAAUGGCACUGGCUGUCUCUCCUUAAAGGUCAUGUAGCCACAUUUAUUUACAUUUCCCACCCAUGUGUGAACAUUUUAUUAAAGGUUUAAGAUUUAAGUCUGCUCCAGACAAAAUGACGAUCUAAGCUAGGAUACAUACGUAAUAUAUUUUCCCAUGGGCCCACCAAAACUCGAGAUUACAGUGUUAUCCUAUGUACAGCACUACCUACUGAUUGCCAUUUACCUGACUGAGUAAUGUGAUUCUCUAAAGUGUGCGCUAACUACUUUUUAUUGUCACUGUGUUAAUAUCCACUUGCAUGCACUCAGCCUCUAUAAUUUACUCUGAUCCCAGUGAUGCUUCAUAUGGCCUGUUUUAUUACAAGAAGUUUUUUAAAAAAAAGCUUAAAUAUUAUUUCACAUACUCCGACACUGUUUUGUAGGUAAAUGUUGCACGUUUCAUUUUGAAUUUAAACUCCUCACAUGUGAGCUGCUUUUUGUGCGUUUCCACAGCUAUGACAUCAGGACAAAGCAGUGAGUUUUGCAUGUAAUCUUAGAGUGGUAACGCACCCAGUUGUCAGCAUGCUAGCUCAGGGAAAUUUAUUGUCUCUGGUUGAAGCUGUGGGUUAAACUUUAAUACGUACAGCUUUCAUUAAAGCAUGUGAAGAGAUCCAACAGGGAGGAUUCACAUGUACACGUUUCUGUCACAGCAACAAAAGACCAGUUACGUCUUUUUUGCUGGACUGAACUCUUCCAUUGCUUUGCUCAUAUUUAAGGUAAACUAAAGAACUUGUAAAUAUAUUGAGAACUUCAGCUCUUUGGACAUCCUGUUUUAUGGGGCACUUGUAAAGUAGUCCAGAACAGGGGAAGCUCUAUGAAGCUAAUGGUGAAGGACAUUUACAUUUUUAGGCUCCAGCAGAACAUCU